GAAGCCCCAGCCUUGCUCCCCCUCCUUCGCAUCUCCCUCCCCCUCUCCCAGGCCUUAUCUCCCUGCAAUUUGCCUGGGCUGCCUAGGAUCUAAGGGCUGAGUCGGGGAUGGACAGCGGGCGCUACGUCCCAGGGCUACUGCGCUUGGCUUGGGAUCUUCUGCCUCUGUUCAUGUAGAUGCUGCUGCUGCUGCUGCUGCUGCUUCAUCCUCACCACGAUGAACGUUGCGCUUCAGAACCUGAGCAACAGUAUGUCUGAUUACAAACGUGCCACAUUUCAUGAUGAGGAUGCUCCAGAACCCACAGGAGAGGGAGCUACAUCCCCUGAAACUGUUGAGAUGGGCUUCCGGAAGGGAAGGGGUCAUGUCCUCGGUGCCUUGAGUGGACGGUCUCAGCCAGAGUUUCUGCUUGGGGUACUCAGUGCAGUUCUCGGGGUUUUGCUUCUGGGAAGUCUCAUUGCUCUUGGGGUGCAACAGAUGACAGACAGGUCUCGCUCACUGUGUCUCUCUGAGGCCUGUGUCUCUGUUGCUGGCCGUAUUUUGGAUUCUUUAGACAGAGGGAUAGAUCCAUGUCAGGAUUUCUAUCAGUAUUCUUGUGGAGGGUGGAUGAGGAGGAACCCUCUGCCUGAUGGGCGAUCACGAUGGAACACAUUUAACAGCAUCUGGGACCAGAACCAGGCAGUGUUGAAACACAUACUAGAGAAUGUAACAUUUAAUUCCAGCAGUGAGGCAGAGAUGAAAACACAGCGCUUCUAUCUUUCUUGUCUGAAAGAACAAAGAAUUGAAGAGCUACAAGAGAAGCCUCUUACAGACCUCAUUGAGAAGAUUGGUGGAUGGAAUAUCUCAGGCAAUUGGCGAGGUGAAAACUUUAUGAGUGUUUUGAAGACUGUCUCAGGAACAUAUCGGUCAACCCCUUUCUUCAGUGUUUUCGUUAGUGCAGAUUCCAAGAGUUCCAACAGCAACAUAAUCCAGGUGGAUCAGUCUGGGCUGUUUCUUCCUUCCAGAGAUUACUAUCUGAACAAAACAGCUAAUGGGAAGGUCCUGGAUAGCUAUCUGCAGUACAUGGUGAGUGUGGGAGAACUCCUUGGAGGAAGCCUAGGCUCCAUAAACCUGCAGAUGACGCAGAUACUGGAUUUAGAGACCAUGCUGGCAAAUAUUACAGUUCCACAAGAUGAAAGGAGAGAUGAAGAGAAAAUUUACAAUCGUAUGACAAUCAGUGAGCUGCAGAGUCUGGCACCUGCUUUUGAUUGGAUGGAUUAUUUGACUUUUGCUCUCUCUCCACUGGAGUUGAAUGACACAGAACCAGUGGUUGUAUAUGGCAAAGAGUAUCUGCAGCAAGUGUCUGAACUUGUGAACAACACUGACCCUGUGAUUCUUAAUAAUUACUUGGUUUGGAAUUUGGUGCAGAAGAUGUCAUCCAGUCUCGACUCCCGAUUUGAGAAAGCUCAGGACAAGCUUCUUGAAUCACUUUAUGGGGCAAAAAAGUCUUGUACUCCCCGCUGGCAGACCUGUUUGUCUAACACCGAUGACACACUUGGGUUUGCUCUAGGAUCUCUCUUUGUCAAGUCCACUUUCGACAAGAACAGCAAAAAUAUUGCAGAGCAAAUGAUCACAGAGAUCAGAGGUGCCUUUGAGUUGACUUUGGGUGGCCUCACAUGGAUGGAUGAGAAGACAAGGAGGGCUGCAAAGGAGAAGGCAGAUGCCAUAUAUGAUAUGAUUGGGUUUCCUGACUUUAUUCUGGACACUAAAGAACUGGAUGAGGUUUAUGAUGGGUUUGAGGUAUCGGAGGACGCAGUCUUCCAGAACAUGCUAAAUUUCUACAACUUCUCAGCAAAGUUGAUGGCUGAGCAGCUAAGAAAACCUCCAAAUCGGGAGCAAUGGAGUAUGACGCCUCAGACAGUUAAUGCCUAUUAUCUGCCCAACAAGAAUGAAAUUGUAUUUCCUGCUGGAAUCCUUCAAGCUCCAUUCUAUGCUCCGACCCACCCAAAGGCUCUAAAUUUUGGUGGCAUUGGUGUUGUGAUGGGACAUGAACUAACCCAUGCCUUUGAUGAUCAGGGUCGGGAAUAUGAUGAGGAUGGGAAUUUACGUCCUUGGUGGCAAAAUUCAUCUUUGGAAGCGUUUAAGAAUCGUACAGAGUGUAUGGUUAAUCAAUACAACUCCUACACAGUAAACGGAGAACGUGUGAAUGGAAGGCAAACUCUUGGGGAAAAUAUUGCAGACAACGGAGGUUUGAAGGCAGCCUAUCAUGCCUACAAAUCGUGGCUGGUUAAGAAUGGCGAGGAAAAACAGCUGCCAGGAGUUGGACUCACCAACCACCAGCUCUUUUUUGUGGGAUUUGCACAGGUAUGGUGCUCCGUUCGGACCCCGGAGAGCUCCCAUGAGGGGUUGGUUACAGAUCCCCACAGCCCAGCUAAAUACAGGGUCAUUGGUACUCUGUCAAACUCCAAGGACUUUGCAGAACAUUUUAACUGUCCCAAAGGCACUCCCAUGAAUCCUGGAAAACACUGUGAUGUUUGGUAAAAAGGCAAUUCUUGCAUGAUCAUGCGUGACUGUAUGCUGCACGAAUGUGCUGUAUGUGAAUAAAUGCAUUUUCUGAAUGUGGCGAGUGUUGUACUGUGUGAAUAAGAAGAGGCAGACCAAGCUUUUCACUUUGUGCUAAUAUCAGAACCUUUGCAGGGCGUGUCAGGUAUUAAAGUGUCAGCUAUAGAUGGUUAGGUGUAAGCAAGCAACAGUUCUUACAGUAUAUGGCGUAUAUAUGCCAACUUUUCUUCUUUAAUGGUACUGUGUAGGUUCUGGACAUCAUGUCAUAAUUAAUACACAAUCUUGCCAGUGCAGAAUCAUUACUAAAUGGUGUGGCCUGAAAAUAAAAACAAAUAAAUUAUAAUAAUUUUAGCAAAAAAUACUAUAUUCAGAUUAGUAAAGAGGACUGUGGCGCUAUUACUUAUGUUCUCUGUGACGUACUGUUAAAAUGCUCUCUUUUGUGGGCUAGACUUUGGAGUUAAAAUAAUUCUCUUUGAUGUCUGCCACAGCUCUGUGGAUUACAAACGGAUUAGAAGAAGAAAAUAUGUUUGAACAAAUCUCAUAAGUGGGUUGGGAUGUGGCUGUACAAAGGUUUUAAAAACAGGGUUGUAGAUGGACAAGUAAGAAUAGAGAUUGUGGGAUUAUUUUAAAAAUAAGUGCUGUACACAGAACAUUGCAACCAUUAUAUAACCGAAUGUACUUCACAAAUAAAACUGCAUAUGUGUUACAUUCUCUAUAUGCUGAUAUAUCAGCAGAUAUUGCCAUCUUUGUGCAGGCCCAAUAUAUUGGUGCAGCUGUAAUCCUAAUGAGAUCAUGCAGGGGAAAAAACAGCAGAAAUCAUGUCAUUUGUGCCAAUUUCAGUGAUGCACUGCCUAAACAAAUCCUGUGUGUUUGUGAUCAUGUAGUACAGAUCAGAGUGGUUCGUUUCCGAAGUCGCCCGAACGAUGCCUCAUGAGGAAACUUCGGAAAACGAAUCGAUCAGAGUGCAAUCCCGCCAGCGAUUUAGAUUCUAGCGGGCAGGAAGGCUUCUCGGGGAGAUUAGUUGUCCCAAGAAGAGGCGAUUUGUCACCAGGCGACGAAUCUCCCCGAAUCUUAGUGUGUGCCCUUACCCUUAGGGUAAGAAAUAGUAAGUGUGCUGUAUGCAUGGGAAAAGAUGAAUACUGAGUGGGCACUGACUUAAUGCCGUGAGUGCAGUAUGUUUAUUGCCUGGUUAGUGAAAAAUACUGCGUGCUGAUGUUGCUGCCUCACCAUACACAUGACCGUUUGCUGUUUUGGGGGUGCCUACACUGGGAGGGCCAAUUUACCCCCCACUACACUUUGCACUGUUUGAAACAUAUAUCAAGCUGGUAUCUUGCUUCUGGGACUAUAACAUGCUAAUAUCACUGGGUUCUGCUAUGCUGCUCCUGGACAUCAACCAUUUUGUGAAAUCCUUCAUAAAUGCUACCACACAUGUUGCAAACUCACCCUCCUUCACCUUAUCCCAAAAAAAGGAUUUCCAUGUAUGCCAAAUUCUUUCCUUGGAAGUUGCUUUAGUGUGACCUUGUGUAAAAUCUGGAUAAACUGAUAAUGAAAGACUGGGCUAUAUAUUUUAAAGAAAGACAACCCCAUCCCCUCAGGAGGAAGAAAAACAGAAAACAAACAACCUGCCUUAACUUGCGACAUUUAGUCACAGUAAGUAGGUAGCCCCACUCAGUGUCACAUAUAUGACCACAUAUAGGAUAAUUUUAAAAACUUUGCAGGGAAAAAAAGGUGUUCUGCGCAUGUCUCACGCUUUUCAUUGAGACCAAAAAGCCACAUUUGGGUAAAAAUCCAUUUAUCACUGCCAUUUAUAGGGAAGCCUGAUGUGGUGCCUAGAAAACGUAACCAAUAACUGCACUGCCAAUUGACGGUCUGAUCGCUGAAAUUCUGAUGCUCAGUGAUUUAUAGUGCUGGGUCGAAUGUACAUUUUUAUUUAAUAUGCUUUGAAGAGGUCUUUAUCCAUGCUCAUCAAACAAUCCACUGCUCUGACAAAAGAUACCGUCAUACUGAAGAUGCACAAGCCUGGUAGAUAACUGAAAUCACAGCACAAUAAGGCAAUUAAGUGUUAAGCCAUUGAUAGGGUAAAUGGAAUAGUACAACAUGCUUAGGUUCAGCCAUUAAGGUUCUGUAGGCUAACAGUGCCAUCCCAUGCAAAAGGGAGUGCUGGGUGAGUCCUGUAUGCAUUUCCAAAAUCAGAUGAUUGAUAUUUGUAUUCUUUGCCCGCUCCCUACACCUACCUCACACACUGUCAUAUUUGCUGCAUCAAUCCUUACACUAUUGUGCUGGUAUGAUAGGUAAAAUGAAUUAACUCAGGAGACAGCACUAAGCAUGUGACCUACUAGCAUGUCUGGGGUCAUCAUGAAAGCAGCUAGAGUUAUCAGCACAAGCAUUAAACCUGGGAAGACUAAUGGUCUGUGACCUAACUUCCAUUGUUUUCUGCUAAUAGGUCAUGCUUAUAAUAUCUGUAUUCUAAACACAUUCAUUAGCAAAAUGGGGUUAAGAGCAGACUUAAGUGGAUCUUUUGGAUUUUUAAAUAUCAAGCUGUAUUGUCACUGUAAGAGACUCAUGGGUGAAAUAAGAAAAUUGCAAGACCUGUGAGGUAUCCAUCACUCAGUGCUCUUUAAUCUCAAGGAGUCCUCUCCAGUCUUACCUAUUUUGGCCAGUUUCACAAUGUGGGAAAUGUAUAGAAGCUGUAAAUCUACAAAUAAAAUCUACUGCCACUCCAUUUAUACUGGGUAGGUAGAUGGGGACUGUCUUCUCUGGUUGCUUGUAGCUUUUUUCCAUGUUGUGUAACUUAAAAAUGUUUUAUUUUUACAUGUCUAAUAAACUCAGCAGAAUCUG